AUGUUUCCAAAACUAGUUAAUACCGGCCAUGGUCAAAAAAUAAAAACUAGUGAAAUAAAAAUAUCUUCAUUUUUUAAAAAUUCUCCAACUAUAACCUUGCAGUUUUCAUAUUCUCUAGGUUCUCAAAAAAAACAUGUCACAAUUAAACAACCAAAACAACGAAGGAGAUCAAAAGAAAAUAAUUAUCAAACCCUAGAACUUCAAUCAGCGUUCAACAGCAAACUGCCUAUAUCAGAGGCAAAGUAUAAUGAUUUGUUGAAACUUUGCAGUAGUGGUGUUAUACCAAACAGGUAUCAUAAAGAAUUUAAAUCAUUAAAAAAAAAAGAAACUGUAGAAGAUGUUUUAGGAGAGACUAAUGAAGAAGACAAUAUUAUUUUAGAGAUUCAUCCAACUGAGUAUUAA